CUUUCGUCAACCUCCACUCAAACGUAACGCGAGGCGAGAGCCUCACCAACCUGCUUCGCGACUCAUCGGAUUGAUUAUUUAGGACGCGCUCUGCGAAUGCGCUGUCACGACGGAAAUCGUCCACCGGUCUUUCACUUUAAGACAAAACUGGACCACAAUUCAGAUACCCAGAGAUAUCUGUUCUCGAAUCCAUGCAAUUUUGUCGCCCGUCGACUGUUAUGAAGUGGAGGGUGCGAAGGCGCGAAAUCGAGCGUGGAGCCAACAGUCAAGCAUCCUUCCUCACACAUCUGGCCACUUCCUUCUCAACUCUCAGAUCAUGAGGUCAGACAUACUCAACGCCCCCUGUUCUCAUUUGGCCGACAUCAAAGCGAUAUACCCAGCUGAAAACCGUGUCCCAGAAGCGUCAUAGCCUGCAGUCUUUCGGCGGUGCCUUCGCUUCCGGCAAUCGGAGGGGCCGCGAUCUCUAGACUGGAGUAGCCCUGACAGUACCUUUACAAGUCAUCUGAAGGCGUAUGAGCUGAUACUUGUUCAAGCUAUUUACGCGACGCACUUGCACCUAUCUCGUUGAGCCUUCUCUGACAAGAAGAAAUUGUUGGUCCAGUAGGGUAACAGUAGCUCCGUUUGCCUAGAAAGGCUGACGGCCCAUGGUUCGUUCCAGACUGAAGACUUGCCUCAGUAAGUCAAAGAAGCCCAGGUAUAUCCUAUGAGGCUCUUCUUUGCAUGGCAAUGGAGUCAUUCCGUCAGUUGUCGGACGAAUGCAUCGAGGAGGGAUGCACCUCUGUUGCGCUGAAUUCAAAAUAUUGUCUUUCCCACGGGAAGACACGCCGACGAGAAAAUGGGCAUAAUCAAUCCGGCAGUUUCAGUGCCGCAGGCGCCUCAUCUAGGUCUCGAUCUGAAUCUAGAUCAAGCAAACCUAUCGUAGAGCAAGACUCACCGCAACAGGUGGGACGGACACGAACAGAAGAACAAUCCAAAGGCGGUCAGUCGCGCCAGUGGCGCAGGAGCUCUCGGGGCGAGUCGAAUCCCGUUCCUUCGACACACUUCCAGGCAACCGUCAGAAAGUCCAAUCUUCCGCCAGACCUUGUUGGCAGAAUUUCCUUGACAGCUAGAAAGUCGACCCAUUCCCCGGUUUCGUCCAAAAGGCGGACAGAAAUGGCAACUACGAACCUUAAUACCAACUCCGCGAGCAUAUACACUGGUGGAUCUGGCUCGCCGACUACCCACCAACGUACUGCCACAGGAGCUUUCAACCCUUUCCAAUCAUUCAUCAACACAGGCCACACGUCGUCCCCCAACAACACGAAACCAUACUUCAGGAGCCAGUCAACCCACGAGAUGCCAAUGGAUUCCGGAGCUGUAGCUCAUCGACACCAGAUACGGGCUGCGCAAGGUGGUCUCAGGUCGGAGAUUAGUUCGUUGAACAUCAAUCCGGUUACACAGCCCUCCCAAGCCUCCCAAGCCCCCCCACCAUCUAUGGGAACACGCGUUGAUGGCAACGGCACGUCUGUCACCGGCAAGACCAGUGGUCAUUGGGUUACCGGGGGCCGCAAAAUCGAAUCCGUUGCAGAAAGCUCCAUCUCGGGGCCUACGUCAUCCGGGAAGAGGAGCUUUGAUUCCAUGCCAUAUGUCAGAACCAGCCGUUUGCCACCUUCAAUGCAGUUGAAGUCUGCACCGUCAGCUUUGCGAUCAGCUUCGACCAGCAAGCGGAAGAGAAACAGCAGAAGACCCGAAUCAACAUCACCGUCAACUUCGCCAGAUGAGACCGAUGGAGACGAAGCACAAGUAUCUCCGCGCGUACACAAGAGCAAUGCUACACAAGGUCAUACCCUACGGUGGGAAGGGACGAACGGGUUUCUCACAGGAGCAGCGCUCAAUCCUAUCUCGUUGGGCUCUUCCGAGGACGAGGACGAGGAAGAUGCCAUGACUAGCGAUGGGAAACCGUGGCGGACGAAGCCUUCCUGUGGGCAAAGUCAGAAUGCUGCCUUUUCCGCGGAAAGUCAACACCUCGGCAAUGAGAAUCGACCGUUGAUUACUGGUAGAUUUGACCAACAAAGAACGGAGACAAAUCGGUUACGGAAGAGGUUGAACUGUGAAGAGCGCCGGUUCCAGCUGUGCGCAACCUUCGAUUCUGCCAAGUUCGACGCAAUGGUGUACGGCCAGGCCGACGCUGCAAGCCCUCCCGAGGGGGUCGUGGUUCCGACGGCUCCAAUUAAUGCUUCAACGAACACCCCGUCCUCGGGCGAAAAUCCUGAGCAGCUCUACAUGAAGUUCGAUCCUCGGAUCCAUUGGCCACACAACCGCUCCAACGAGUGGUACAAACUCAAGAUGGAAGAGAUCAAGGCCCGAGGUGGACGUAAGGCCAACUUCGGUAAAGCAGCCCAACGCAUGCGGCAGCAGAGGCUGGAGGCGGAGCGGCGUGCCGAGGAAGAGACGUGGGCAAAUGAACAAGGCGCAUCAGUUUCGACCAACAAGCAGCCCCAGCCGUGGUCUCACCACAGAUAUAUGGAUUUCGGCGACGUUCCCCAGGAGGAGCUGCCGGCGUAUGUCCGCAAGAAUCCGGAAUGGAUGCACGCGACGGCAUGGAUGCGAGAGAACCGCGAGCAGAAUCUGCGCAGAAAUAGAGAAGCGGCUGCACUGCGCGCAGCCGGUCUACCUUGGGAGCAUCUUUUUCCUCGGAGCGGUCGCUGAAUUAAAACCAGGGCAAAAGGAAUGGCAUGCUACUGCAAGAGAGAGAGAGAGAGAGAGAGAGAGAGAGUAAAUGGCACUUAGCAUGGAGUUGGGGCUGGCUUUGGUUUCCUUAUCUUUCUCUCAAUUGAAGAUACCUGGGCCUCGCCGCGAUGGCCUGGUCUAUACACAAAUACGAUUAUGGGGUGCAUACAAGGAAAUUGUCAAUUUCGUGGCUCCUUGACUGACGCAAGAGUAAACACUUU